CAGGUAUUGUUGAAUAAUUUUUUUUUUUUGGCGAAAAUGCACUGACUGACUGACUGACUUGAGUCAAACAAGGGUCUUGACUAUUAUUUCCCUGGUCCUUCAGUUCAGUUGGACCUUAAGAAAUGAGGCUGAUUGAGCUCUUUAGGGCUCGAAUUUAAAUGGUUAUGCACAGCCACAUCCAGUAUGCGCCACACUUUCACUUAUACGCAAGGCUGGGAGUUUUGAGUGAUGUCACGACUUCAAGAUACAUAUUCACAGUUUGCCAAUCGUUGUUUAGGCAAAGAAACUUGGACUCGGAUAAUUUACCAACUUUCAGUUCUGAGGCUGAGAUAAUCUGAAAAAUAACCCUAUUGCAAUAUCCGCCAUCAUGUCUAGGAAGCGCACUCUUGAUGCCUUCUUCAGUCCGACUAUAAAGAAACCCAAAACAGAAACUGGAGAAAUCACUUCUAGCGACGUGAUUUCAGAAGAAAUCACAUAUUCUGAGCAUCAGUUCUACCCUCAUCCCAUCAAGAACCUACCAGCAUCUUUAAGCAAGGAGCUGUCUACUCUACCAGAUCAACCCGGACGAGAGAUCAAUGACCAACCUGACCUUGAUCUCCUGUACUUUCAGCCCUUCAUCUCAGGUUCGGUAUCUCGGGGACUCUUUGAGUUUCUUCGUUCAGAACUCCCGUUCUACAGAGUCGAGUAUAAGAUCAAGCGAGGCGGCAUAGAAACCCAGAUACGAACUCCAAGAUGGACAACUGUAUUUGGUAUUGAUGAGACUUCCAACUUCAAUGACAAAGGUCUCCCAGUAGACACCAACACAGGCUCGAGAGCCUUGGAUAAACAAUACGCCAGAUAUCCUCCCAGGCCUAUACCAAAAUGCCUUGAUGAACUUCGUCACAGAACAGAACUAGCUACAGGCUGCAAAUACAACUUCUGCCUCGUCAACUAUUACGCCUCUGGCUCCGACAGCAUCAGCUAUCACAGCGAUGAUGAGCAGUUCCUGGGUCGUGAGCCAGCCAUCGCUUCUUUCUCAUUAGGGGCACGUCGUGAUUUUCUUAUGAAGCACAAACCGCCACCUCCGAAUGCUCCUAGCCCUCCUUCUGUGAAUGCGAAACCGCUCAAACUACCGUUGGGAAGUGGUGACAUGGUCCUAAUGAGAGGGAGAACGCAGUCUAACUGGCUGCACUCUAUACCAAAGCGAACGGGGAAGAACCAAGAAGAUGGCGGAAGGAUCAACAUAACUUUUCGAAGAGCGAUGGUCAAAGGCGGAACAGACAAUUACUACAACUACAAUGUAGGCACAGGGCCAGUGUACAGAUGGAAUAGGGAGGCCCGAGAAAUGCUGCUCUGGAAACCAUGACUCCGGAUAUGAUUAUUUCUAAAUGUAUAUGAAGUACGAACAACAAAGGGAAAUGUAUACAACAGGCUCCUUAUUUACCAUGGCGCAUCUGGGCUCUGCCGUAAUGUUGCAGAGCCUUGAGGAAGACCUGAUAUCCAACUCUUUCAUUAUCUUGCAGACAGAAAAUCUCAGUCAAUCUGAUCUGCCAGGGAGGGUAACCUGACAGUUCGAGGUAGGGACCAAACGUAAGCAAAAGAUCAGGCUCAUCCAUGAUGCCCUCAGAAAGC